CAGUUAGCUGCCAGCAAGCCGCUUUAGCCCUCCCUCGUCCAGCGUGGCCAUUAUCUGAGGCAGAAAACACAUUGAAAUGUUCCGGAGAAAACUGACUGCUUUAGAUUAUCAUAAUCCUGACGGAUUUAACUGCACGGAUGAGACUGAGUUCAGGAACUGCAUCGUCUGGCUGGAGGACCAGAAGAUCAGGCAUUACAAGAUAGAGGACCGGGGCAAUCUCCGAAACAUCCCAAGCUCCGAAUGGCCAAACGCCUUCCAGAAGUACCUGCAGGACGUCAGCUGUCCGUUCAGCGUACAGGAGAGACAGGAGGCAGUGGACUGGUUAUUAGGGCUGGCUGUGCGGUACGAAUAUGGAGACAACGUGGAGAAGUAUAAGAACUGUCAGCUGCUGUCCGCUUCAAACCACAGUAAACCAGCAGACCCGCUCAUCAACCUUGACAGUAAUUCACCAGAUUUUAAGGCAGGUGUGACAGCUCUGGCCAACAUUCUCAAGAUACAACGUCAUGAUGACUACCUAGUCAUGCUCAAGGCCAUUCGUAUUCUGAUCCAGGAGAGGCUGUCUUCAGAGGCCAUCGCUAAGUCCGGCCAGGCUAAAGAGGGUCUUCCAGUAGCCUUGGACAAGCACAUCCUGGGUUUUGACACGGGGGACGCGGUUUUGAACGAGGCAGCCCAGAUUCUGCGCCUCCUGCACAUCGAGGAGCUGCGGGACCUCCAGACGAAGAUCAAUGAGGCCAUCGUGGCCGUUCAGGCCAUCAUAGCCGACCCCAAGACGGACCACAGGCUGGGCAAGGUUGGCAGAUAAGAGGAGAACCGGAGGAAUGAAGGAGAGGAUGGACUGCUAUUGGAUCCGUUUUAAUUUGAUUUCUUUGAAAAAGCUCUUUUUGUUUUAACAAUGGAAAAAGUCCUGUUGUGUUUGGAUUUUGUUUUGUUUUUUUGCAUGCGAUCUGGUUGUUUAAAUCGGGAAGGGCAUUACAGAUGUGGGGAACUGACCAUAGUCACCAUGUUUUACACUGCGGAUUUGUCGAGGAAUAGGUUAUCUUGACCCAACUGCCAUUUGUGAUUUAUUUUUGUAGGGAAAUCAGAUCACACUACUUCUCUGUUGUACAGAACUGAAAUGUUAUGAUGGCGGAUGGAUAUUGUUGAAAGUACUGAAAAAUAAUUUUCCAUAACGUACUUCUAUCAAAGUGUUGAGAUGAGGCCUUGUCUCACACCUUCUCUGAAGAUGCGAGAUCCAUGUCAACAUUUAUUCAAAUUGGAGCUUGUACGGAUCUCCCGAAUCAUUUAUUUAAGUCAAAAGAGUUUUCUGUUUGGAGGUAGUUAUCUUAAAGACUGAAACAGACGGAUACACGUUAAAAACUCCUCAAAACGGUUCCUGUUUUUCCCUUUUAGCAGACUGCACAAAACGUCCGAUUAAAGGUUGACGCACUACGUUUGGCAA